AAUUAUUUAAAAUAAAAAAGACCCUUAUGACUGGUUUUGUGGUCCAGGGUCACAUAUAUGUUUACGUUAAAGACUUGACUAGCCUAAUAUUUUAUAUUAUGAAGUGCCUCUUUGAUCAUUAAUAUGAGGCACGUGAGUUGCGCGAGGUAAAUCAUCCUCUCGCGCUCAAAAUAAAAACUGCGGGAAAUCGCUUGAGAGACGCUGGAGUUCAAACUCAUCAAACAUUCUUACUGCCGUGAUUGGUUAUAGAGAGAUCACACACUCGUCAGACCAGACUACAGCAAAAUACACUUCAUACAGUGAGACUAUGGCAGCUUCCGGGAGAAAACAGAACAAGAAGACCAAACACACUGACGGCGCCACAGACCUGAAAGCCUUUGGCUUCGACACUCUGGAGGAAAAGAAAGGAAGUGGAUCUGACGAUGAUACGAGAGAUGAAACUCCAAUCAUUGACAAGCUGAUCAAGAAAAGAUCUGCAGAUACAUUUGAUGAUGAUAACCUUAAUGCAGGCGUGGGGAAUGAGGUUCAAACUAUGCUGGAAAGAUUUGGUGCGGACAUCAGCAAAGCCAUGCAGACCAAAAGGAAACGCUUGGAGGUUCUCACCAAAAACUCCCUAAAGGGCAGCACUCAGAAACUGGAGCAAAUGUGGAAAUCCCAGCAAAAUCAGAGGCAAAAGCUGACACAAGAUUAUUCUCAGCAAGUUCUCUCUGUGCUUCAGCACUGGGGGACCGAUGUUCAGAAAUCUGAGGAGCAGGAGGAGAAACUGAACAAUUUGUUUCGGCAGCAGCAGAAGCUCUUCCAGCAGGCGAGGGUUGUGCAAAACCAGAAAAUGAAAACCAUCAAAGACCUGUAUGAGCAGUUUGUCAAGAACAUGGAGGAGAUGGAGAAAAGCCAUGAAGCCUUCCUGCAGGGCACCCAGAUGGAGCUGAGAAAGGAGAUGACCCUGCUGCAGAAGAAGAUAAUGAUGGACACACAACAACAGGAGAUGGCCACUGUUCGGAAGUCCCUCCAUUCCAUGCUGUUCUGAAAACAUCUUUCUGUUUUUAUGUCACCAUUGUAGAAGACUUAACCUUAUGUUCUAAAAGGAAGGUUUGUUUUAUUGAAAAUGUAUGU